AUGACGUUUCCGGGGUCAGCAAUGGUGAUAGCGGGACGAGGUCGACACGUCCGAUUAGUACCAAUCCGUGCACUAGAGUGCGCUGAAGUGGAGUGUAUCAAACUAGCGGAGAGUAAAGGCGCGAUCUCACUCACCGCCGGCCCCCUAGGGCACGGUGCACAUGGAUUUGCCGUAUUGUGUAAAAAGCAGAACGCGUACGUGGUGAACGUGUACGAAAUAACGCGCACGGCGGCGCGGCGCGUGCGCGUCGCGGAGCUGCGCGCGUGCGGCGCCGUGCUCAGUCUGCAGCUGGCCGGCGCGCGACUCUUGCUGGGCUACCGCGGGGGCAUCGCCGCCCACGCCUUGCCCGACCCGCGCCGUCCCCACCACGACCAGCCCGCCGUCUGUACGUACCCCGCCACUAUACUAUACAUCUCGUUGCUGGGGGCAUCGCCGCCCACGCCUUGCCCGACCCGCGCCGUCCCCACCACGACCAGCCCGCCGUCUGUACGUACCCCGCCACUAUACUAUACAUCUCGUUGCUGGGGGCAUCGCCGCCCACGCCUUGCCCGACCCGCGCCGUCCCCACCACGACCAGCCCGCCGUCUGUACGUACCCCGCCACUAUACUAUACAUCUCGUUGCUGGGGGCAUCGCCGCCCACGCCUUGCCCGACCCGCGCCGUCCCCACCACGACCAGCCCGCCGUCUGUACGUACCCCGCCACUAUACUAUACAUCUCGUUGCUGGGGGCAUCGCCGCCCACGCCUUGCCCGACCCGCGCCGUCCCCACCACGACCAGCCCGCCGUCUGUACGUACCCCGCCACUAUACUAUACAUCUCGUUGCUGGGGGCAUCGCCGCCCACGCCUUGCCCGACCCGCGCCGUCCCCACCACGACCAGCCCGCCGUCUGUACGUACCCCGCCACUAUACUAUACAUCUCGUUGCUGGGGGCAUCGCCGCCCACGCCUUGCCCGACCCGCGCCGUCCCCACCACGACCAGCCCGCCGUCUGUACGUACCCCGCCACUAUACUAUACAUCUCGUUGCUGGGGGCAUCGCCGCCCACGCCUUGCCCGACCCGCGCCGUCCCCACCACGACCAGCCCGCCGUCUGUACGUACCCCGCCACUAUACUAUACAUCUCGUUGCUGGGGGCAUCGCCGCCCACGCCUUGCCCGACCCGCGCCGUCCCCACCACGACCAGCCCGCCGUCUGUACGUACCCCGCCACUAUACUAUACAUCUCGUUGCUGGGGGCAUCGCCGCCCACGCCUUGCCCGACCCGCGCCGUCCCCACCACGACCAGCCCGCCGUCUGUACGUACCCCGCCACUAUACUAUACAUCUCGUUGCUGGGGGCAUCGCCGCCCACGCCUUGCCCGACCCGCGCCGUCCCCACCACGACCAGCCCGCCGUCUGUACGUACCCCGCCACUAUACUAUACAUCUCGUUGCUGGGGGCAUCGCCGCCCACGCCUUGCCCGACCCGCGCCGUCCCCACCACGACCAGCCCGCCGUCUGUACGUACCCCGCCACUAUACUAUACAUCUCGUUGCUGGGGGCAUCGCCGCCCACGCCUUGCCCGACCCGCGCCGUCCCCACCACGACCAGCCCGCCGUCUGUACGUACCCCGCCACUAUACUAUACAUCUCGUUGCUGGGGGCAUCGCCGCCCACGCCUUGCCCGACCCGCGCCGUCCCCACCACGACCAGCCCGCCGUCUGUACGUACCCCGCCACUAUACUAUACAUCUCGUUGCUGGGGGCAUCGCCGCCCACGCCUUGCCCGACCCGCGCCGUCCCCACCACGACCAGCCCGCCGUCUGUACGUACCCCGCCACUAUACUAUACAUCUCGUUGCUGGGGGCAUCGCCGCCCACGCCUUGCCCGACCCGCGCCGUCCCCACCACGACCAGCCCGCCGUCUGUACGUACCCCGCCACUAUACUAUACAUCUCGUUGCUGGGGGCAUCGCCGCCCACGCCUUGCCCGACCCGCGCCGUCCCCACCACGACCAGCCCGCCGUCUGUACGUACCCCGCCACUAUACUAUACAUCUCGUUGCUGGGGGCAUCGCCGCCCACGCCUUGCCCGACCCGCGCCGUCCCCACCACGACCAGCCCGCCGUCUGUACGUACCCCGCCACUAUACUAUACAUCUCGUUGCUGGGGGCAUCGCCGCCCACGCCUUGCCCGACCCGCGCCGUCCCCACCACGACCAGCCCGCCGUCUGUACGUACCCCUCCACUAUACUAUACAUCUCGUUGCCUCCACUCUUCGGAGCUCUUCUCAUCCCACCACUGCCAGCCACCCUGCUGGAGUUGGAGGGCGCCCUACACUACGUUUGCCUAGACGUGGUCUUCACUCUAAAACAUACAUUCAUACACAACUCGAAUUCAGACUGCUCGACCCUGGUACACCCGGAGAACCAAGUAAACGUAUUCCUGUCUCACUCGGGAGCCCGGCCGCUGGGGGCAGCGCCCCUGGCCUGCGGAGACACCCUGCUAGUCUUCAACUCGCUGGCUCUAUACGUGGACCGACACGGGCAUCGAGCCCGGGAUACAGAACUCAUGUACACCGCACAUCCUACGCACCAUGCAAUCAACGACACGCAUCUCCUAAUAUUCACUGCGACGCACAUCGAUGUAUACGAUAUAGAAACUGGCGACUGGGUACAAACUAUGAAUAUACGUAAGUUCUUUAAAAUUUUAUUAUUUUCGUCUUAGUAG